ACGUGCUGGCCCACCCUCAGCACGUGUUCCAUGGCUCCAGAUUACAUGUUGGACCGUGGUCACGUCACCUCUCUGACGAUCGCGAGGAAGGGAUGGAGCAAGAGGCUGGCCUAUCGGAAACAGUGAACCUGUUAGCCAAAGGACCGCCCAACGCAGAUCCACCAUGUAGCGACUUCAAUCAAACAGCCACCAUCAGCAGCAGAUCACGAGACACGCACCUAUCAACACACUCACGGCAUGACCAGGACCGAUUACCGCGCUCAUCAGGUGUGGUGGGAGCCGUUAGCCGCCCAAACGCACCGAAACAACAGCAAGAAAGCAGUCUUCCACCCACCGGGACUACCGUCAUGAAAGUAGAAAUUGUUGAAGGAUAUGCGAAACUACUACUGCAGCACUAUGGCGAUGUGAUACGGGAGGCUGAGCAAUCCUUCUCCGUAAGAGUCAGACCAGCCAGUGGGGGCUUCUCCGUCAGUGGCACCAGCGAGGGGGCAAGUAAGGCGAAGUUCUUCUUGGAAGAAAUAGCAGCGUCUGUGCAGACAGACGUCCUGCAGAGUUUCAAACCAGGCAUGUACCAAUACCUGAAAGAGAAGGAGGGCCGUGAAGUGCUGCAGUCUAUAGAACAGGACUUCCGGUGCGUCAUCCUUGUGGAGAGUGUAUCUGGGAACGAGGCAUCGCCAGGAAAAGAGGGAGAAACGGCGGCUUCGAAUGUAGAGGCUGCAGGUAACACGGUACCUGUGAUGUACUCUUGUACACCUGUACCAGGCCAGGCUGAACUUCACAUCCGUGACGUCAUAGUACAGGUUCAGAUGGGAGACAUUACCAUGGAACAAGUCUCUGCCAUCGUCAAUCCUUCACAAAACAAUCUUGACUUGGACAAAGGUCUGAGCAGAGCCAUAUCAAUGGCAGCCGGCCCCAGUGUCCAGAAGGAGUGUCGACAGUACAUCAGGGACAACUGGUAUCCCAAGGCAGGCGACGUGGUUGCUACAGGGGCUGGAAACCUGCCGUGCGCAGCCAUUCUCCAUCUCGUGCAGCCCACAGCCAAAUAUCUGCGGUCAGAUGUGAAGAACUGCCUGCUGGUCGCGCACCAGAUGAACCUGCGGUCACUCGUCUUUCCUGCGGUAGGAACAGGAAGGUUCCACAUCAAGCCUGAGCGGUCGGCGAGGUGCAUGAUUGACGGCAUCGCGGAGUUCGUGCAGGACUGGAGCCCCACCACCCUGUCCAUCAUCAGGAUCGUCAUCUUCCAGGAGACCAUGUUACAAGCGUUCCACACAGCCGUCCACAGGAAGGCCUCGGAGAACGAAGGGAAAGUGACCCCAUCGAAAAACACAAACCACCUCAGUAGGCUAAAAAACAUUGCCAGUGACAAGAUAAAGAGCAUGGGAAAGCAUCAAAAACACGAACCACGCUGCUCCACAGUCCCACUCCCCAGACCGGAACCGCCCCGUAAAGCUAACUUCGAAGACGAAGAUUUUCAGCCCAACGAAGUUCUGCUGCACAUCUUCUGCCUUGAUCAGGAGAGGCUACAGAAUGCUCGGAAAACAGUGGAAGACUUUCUCCACCAGUACACAGCUGUGGCGGUCAUCAACGACGACAAGGAGACGGGGAUCGCUCAACUUGUGAAGGAGGAGGUUAAAUGGCUUCGGUUUUUGGGACAUGAAGAAAACGUGUCCAUCUCAAUCGAACAGGAACAUUGCAUCCGUAUCGAGGGAAGUCGGAACGUGACGGACAUUGCAGCUCAAGUCCGUCUGGUCCUGAAGACGAUCGUGGAGAGACGCAGUCGGUUUGCAAGACUGAUGUCAUCAGAAAACUACCAGUGGUAUUAUGAGCUACCAGGUGAACCAUGCCGUUCCUUCCAAACCACGUCCAACAGUAGAAUAGAGACAGCAUUUCAAGCAAACGCCGCUAAGUGCUUCUGUGUGGAGGACAGCAGGCCGCUUGUUGUAGACUUCUCUGCCAUGACGUUGGCUGUACAAACGUCUAAUGCUGUCGGGGAGGUCCGUAGAGAAGACUUAGCUAUAUAUUCCGACACCGUGUUUCCAGGCAGAUGGGGCCCUCAGCCGAUGGAACCCAGGACGGAGAAGCCUAAGCUGUGUCAUCUCGUGACGCUGGACCCCCUCUCCACAGAAUUCCUCUCCGUCCAAGACAAGUUGUUCUCCAGCCUGGGGGACAUGAGGGCGAUCGUCCUGCGGAUAGAGCGAGUACAGAACCAGCUACUGUGGAUGGAGUAUAGCGUACAGAGAGGAAGGACAAAUGGCAACUCUCCAGCACGAGCGGAGGAGACAGAUCUGUGGUACGGUACCUCAGCUGAAGCCUGUCAUAUGAUCUGUCUUCACGGGUUCAACAGUCACGUCACUGGACACUACGACGGAGGGUCACAGAAAGGGACUGCUUUUACCCAGGAUGCAGUAUGUGCCACAAAGGACCUCUGCACCCCCGACUACUGUGGUCGUAAGAAGGUCAUUCUGGCAAAGGUUCUCGUGAAAGAACGCGAUAGUGCUGGUGAAACCGCAAAACGAGAACCUUACGAUAGGGACGUGGGAAAUCCACAAUGUGACACAUUCACCUGCGAAGUCAACCCGAGCUUAUAUGUCGCAUGUAAUGGUGCAGAGGCGUAUCCGGUGUACCUCAUUUCGUUCAAAGUGUUCUAAAAAGACAUCUGAAUCAAAACUUUCUUCCCUGAGCGUAUACGUAAUUAACA